AUGACUACGAAGCAUUUUAUCAACGAUGGCACAACACUCGUCCAAGAUAGUUUGCAUGGACUGGCCUUGUCUAACCCUUUCUUGCGAUAUGACGAAGAUAUCAAAGCUAUCAUAAAUCUACGCCAUGACGGGAACAAGAAUGUGACAAUCAUCUCAGGUGGAGGAGCUGGCCAUGAACCCUCUUUUGUAGGCCUAGUCGGCGAUGGCCUUCUCAGUGCCGCAGUCUCAGGGUCUAUUUUUGCGUCUCCGAGUGUGCACCAAAUUCAAACCACAAUUUCUCGAGUGGGCGGCUCUGCCGGCACCCUGCUCGUGAUCAUGAAUUACACGGGCGAUGUACUGCACUUUCAUCUGGCUGCUGAAAAGGCCCGCCUUGCUGGCUUUGACACUGCCGUGCUAGUCGUUGGGGAUGAUGUGUCGGUUGGUCGACGCAAGAGCGGCAGAGUCGGAAGACGAGGUCUUGCAGGUACUGUCCUCGUUGAGAAGGUUCUCGGGGCCCUGGCCAAACAGGGCAAGAUGGAUCUCCAGCAACUCUGCAAAAUCGGUGAAGACUUAGUGAACAAUCUUGCCACUGUCGGUGCUGCAUUAGACCAUGUUCACAUUGUGGGAAAACCGACAACAGAAUCGAUAGACAAUGCGGAUCAGGUCGAAGUGGGUAUGGGAAUCCACAAUGAGCCAGGUUGCUACGUGAUCAAACCACAGCCAACCAUUUCGACACUGGUGGACCAAAUGUUGGACAAGUUAUUGGAUCCGACCGACUCAGAUCGAGCUUAUGUGUCAUUUUCAGACAAACAAUCCAUUUGUUUGAUGGUCAAUAACUUGGGAGGUGUAUCGAACAUUGAGUUUUCCGCUAUAACCAAGGCUGUGGUUGACCGGCUCGGUAGAUGGGGCAUCACACCUAUUAGGAUAUAUUCCGGGGCUUUUAUGACCAGCUUGGAUGGGAAAGGCUUCAGUAUCACACUCCUGCAAACCACUCCUCAAAUUCUCACGGCGCUAGAUGAGCCCGCCACCACCCCAGGGUGGAGGGUGACACCAGAUCUCUAUCAGGCAUAUGGAGUUGGCGAAGGACCGCACAAGAAUGGCAUAUUUGACACAGGUGACGUUGAUUCGAUGGAACCCUCGCCCAGAUCACUUUCUCAACUGACAGUCAACGAGAAAGACCUGAUGGCAUCUCUCAAGCGGGCUUGUGAUGGGGUGAUAGCGGCCGAGGUAGAGAUUGAUCAAGUCGAUUCGCUGGUGGGCGAUGGAGAUUGCGGAUCGACACUCGCGCGAACUGCUCAGGCUAUCCUUCGGGAAAUUGUUAACAAAGGCAAUUAUAACCGUGAUAGUGGAGAUAUAAUCCAACUCCUUGAGACUCUAGCAAUCGUCGUUGAGAACAAUAUGGACGGUACGUCCGGGGCGCUUUAUGCAAUCUUCCUAAACGCUCUGGCUGCUUCUCUCCGGGCCGUCGGUGCGAAGCUGCCCAAAGAGCGGCCGGUUGAACGUUCAGAUUGGGUGAAGGCUUCUGGUGACGCACUCCAAGCUGUACGCCAAGCUACACCUGCUUUGGUAGGAGACCGCACUGUUAUGGACGCUUUGAUACCCUUCAUAGCAUCUCUGCAGUCCGACUCACCAGUAGCUGUAGCCCUUGCUGCAGCACGAGAGGGGCGUGACAGCACAAAGGGGAUGGCCGCAUCCCUUGGCCGCGCUGUCUACGUUCCUCCGGAAGUGUGGAGUAAGGUUCCAGACCCUGGGGCGAUGGGCUUGGUGUAUCUUUUGGAGGGUCUUUUGGGUGCUUGA